GCUUCCUAGCCUACAGCUCGCAUAUCCUAGCCUUUCUCUACGAAGCAAGUUCACUUCUCAGUGACCUUCCUUCAUACUUGCAUUGCUACCUGAUUAGAGGGUGGAAAGGUGUGUGACCAUGGAAGGAGCUCCCUGCUCUCCUUCUCCAAGACACACUAGUCAUGCAUCUCCAGUCAAACUCCCCAUCGAAAUUCUGAGAAAUGUUAUUUUCUACGCAGACCCAAAGCAGAUGAAAAAUCUGGCUCUAGUGUCUCGAGAAUUUCACGACAUUGUGUGCGCACUACUGUAUCGACAUAUCCAUCAUACCUUUGCAGAAGGCGAUGCCGAGAAUGGCCACAUGCCUGUAGAGGUCUUGGCUGCUAUUCUCGAGACGCUCGCGGGAGGUGAUCAUAAUUAUGCUGCAUAUGUCAAAUCCUUCUCGAUUGCUGCCGGCUCUGAUUCUUGUGCCGACAAGAUUGCUCACGAACUAAAGUACGACUGCUCAUCUGGAAAGUUACUGAACGCCCUCGUCCAGGCAGCACUGAAGAAGGCUUCGACUUUGGAAUCUUUCAAGUGGGACAUACGCGUAGAGCUGGGUCAAUCGAUUCUGACAGCUUUGAGCCAGAAGACCACUCUUCAGCAUUUGCAUUUGCGUCUCCAGCCCGGCCCGUCUCUGCAUUCACGUUCAAUUGUAGACACCUUCCAGUCUACCACACCAUCUCACAGCCCGGUACCCAAUGUGCACCCUCCGUCUGAGUACAUUCCGCCUCCGAAUAAUAUAUUUGGCCACCCAAAUCCAACUGCCCCUUAUGUAGUGAACCACAACACUCAGCUUCACAAAAAUGCCCGGCUGGGUCGCAAACUGGGAACAGGCAAGCUUACCGAUGCGCCAAAAAAUAUUUCUCGCUUCUCGCACCUGAGAAGUUUGGCCAUUUUGGAUAUCGAUAGCUAUGAGUAUAUUUCAGAAGUUGCGGAAUGCGUCGCCAAUUCUGUACCUGGGCUCCGGUCUCUAAAGCUAUCCUUUUCCGAGAAAUUAGCACUCAAGUCACGUAACAAACCAGGCGGCGAUAAUUAUGAUGCUGCAGCAUCUCCUAUUGACGAUGUCGAUGACUUUGUUCCUGCUCUUCCGCCUCCCCCGGCACUUCCCAGCAUGAUGCUUCCAGGCGACUCGGUUGGAUCGCAGAGUCAACCACCAAGCAAUGUAGCCGAAGUUCGCAAGGAGAGAAAUAUUCAGGAGAAGGUGCUACCUGAGAUUUUAGGUCUUAUUAAAGCCGACCAUGAUCCUUCCAUUGAACAUUUGUUUGAACAGGCUAUCAGGGCAGCACAUAAAGAUGUUCAGGAUAUUUGCCAAAAACCUGCCGCUAGAAAUGUCGCUUUCUCCCAGGCUGUGAGAGAAAUUGCUGAUAAUUUGAUAUUUUCCAAGCACAAAAAGUCAUCCAAGGAAAAGAACGCGUUGGAGAGCAUCAGCAAGGCUGCCGAAUUCUACAUUCAAGAGGAGAGGCUCAAGAAGUCUAAAUACCUGUCGAAUUCUACGCAAUCACCAGUUACAGAGAACGUAGUUGAAAACGGUGACGAGGCAGAGGGCUGCUCUUCAUCCAAAACUUCAAAUUCCCAUAAUAACAAGCUGAAAUGUUAUCUGGAGAAACUAUGCGAGGAUUCAUCUAAUCCACCUGUUUACCCCUUUGACUGGUACGAUGAUAAGAAUCCUUCGGUUGGCGUAGGGCAAUUGAGCUCAUCUCACAAAGCUAAAUUAAAUAACGCUGCACCAUAUACCAAACCUUUUCAGAAUCUAUCAGUUCAUCUAGACCUGGAGGGAAGCAGCGAGCCCCAAGCAGUCCAGUCAUUUUCUACAGAUGCUACCCCUCAUGUAAACGACAAGGAUAAUCUGUCAGAAAUCGUCGAUAUGGAGCAUCCUGACAUAGUUGAUGAAAGUGACGAGGAUCAAAAUUCAGCCGAUGAGGAUGAAGGUUGGGCUAGCAACGAAACUUUACCCAUUGACAAUGAUAAGGGAAAGAUGCCACUCAGAGUUAGUGAACCUCCGGUUAAGAAAGAUAAGAAUGAGGCAAUUCUGGAAUACCUUACAGCGGGCCAUGGCGUCAGUCUGGAGAGCUUGUCGAUUUCUUUGAUGCCUGUCAAAGCGUCUGUCCUUUUCAGAGGAGUUGAUAUCUCCAAUUUGAGACAUUUGGCCCUUUUGAACGUUGGCUCCCAGGCAACAUUCUGGUCCAUGGUUAGCAAGCUGCCAGACCCAAUCAAAUUGACAUCAAUCCAUACAGAUCACGUUACACCGGAAUUUCUUCACGCAUUGGGACGCUUAGAGCAGGUGACCGAAUUGUUUCUGUUUGAACGAAACCGGAAAACCUGCAAAGUUGCCCCUCUUACUCCGCCGUCGACCGUUGGAAUUGAGGAUAUCCGGCAGAAAGUGUUGCGCAAACAUUUGAGCAGUCUUCGUCGAUUGGUAAUUCGCAAUGAGAACAAUUCUACAUGGAAAUUUGACGUCAAGUCCAUCUUAAGUUUGUCGAACCGUGGGGUCCACCUGAAGGAGUUGAUGAUCGAGGUGAACUCGGAAGGCUUGCAUCGUCUCAUGCAGCAGAUUACAAAGUUUCGUUCUCUGUCGGCUCUACAUAUUCUUUUCCACUUUCGCGAUGCUCACUCAGCCAUGCUUCGGGAAAUACGUUACAACCUUGCGGACACAAUUUGCCAUUGUCCAUCUAUUCCGUUAGAAUACAUUGGCAUCUCCAACGUGACUUCUCAGGUCGGCACGGCCUAUGUUACAAUGCUGAGAUGGAAUCAGUCAAAAGCGUCAUCAAAUCAUCAUUCGUCAUUGAAUGAUCGCAAAAUGACUAAAGUGAAUGGCCUUGGUCCUAAGGAAAAGGAAAUAUUUGACGAAUGGGAUACGGAUUCUCUCUACGAUAGUACCACCGAUGACGAGGCCGAGGAACCCUCUCGUAUUUUGAAGAAAGAUGUGAAACGAUCUCUGGUUCAAGGAGUCAAGAUGUGGCAGCGAGAUACAUGGGGCAUGAAGUUAUGACACUGGAGCGAUGAUACCUCGUGUUGCAUUUGUGAGACAUUUUGAACAAUAGCAUUAGGGACAAUUGCAAGGAAAUGCUGCAAGAAAGCCU